AUGGAUGUAGAUGAUGAUGGGUCUGUUGUGGAGGUUGGGAAGUCUUUGUCUGUACCUGGGUUUCUCAGGAAAGUGUUCACGCAGGAAUUGGGUGAUGAUGGUGGUCGUGAUCACAAACUAUUGGUGAUAGUUGUUCAUGUUGUCCUCUUAGAGUCUAGCUUCUUUGGGUUUGAUCCUGUUUCCAAUAUCGAGUUUCAAAGUUUAGGGAAGUUCUUUAAUAUUUAUGAGUCUUUAGCUAAUGGGUUUGGAAUGCAUUGGGUGCAUUUGGAUGAACACAGUUUGGUUCCUUUCUUGAGCACCACGCCUAAACAACAAAUCACAGAUUUUGAAGCUAAGGUUGGUAGUAUUUUGGAUUUUAAUACCCAUAACGAGAAAACCCUAGAUUUGAAUACACAGAAAGAGAAAAGUUUGAAUUUGGAUUCACAAAUUAGGAAAAAUCAAGAGUACAUGGAUGUAGAUGAUGAUAGCUCUGUUGUGGAGGAAUUGGGUGAUGAUAGUGGUUGUGAUCACAAACUAUUGGUGAUAGUUGUUCAUGCUAUCCUCUUAGAGUCUAGCUUCGUUGGGUUUGAUCCUGUUUCCAAUAUCGAGGUUCAUGGGUUUCAGUUUCCCAAUGAAUGGCCUUCCUCGGCAUUUAGGAUGUCAUUAAGUGUUAAUGGCAGUGUUAAUGAAAUUGAUACUGUUGUAUUGAAGUUUCAGAGUUUAGGGAAGUUCUUUAAUUUUUAUGGGUCUUUAGCUAAUGGGUCUGAAACGCAUUGGGUGCGUUUGGAUGAACACAGGUUGGUUAUGUGCGAAUGGAUACGACGGAGAAAGGAGAUGGCAUCAUUGGUUCACAAACCAACUGGCCAGCAGAGUAAUUUCUAUGUUUUCGAUGCAAUCGAAGGAGAUUCAUAA